GCUUCACCCACAAUCCCUUGCGCGGUCACAUAAUGGCAGACGUGCAGACGCAGGAGCCGCAGUCCGCGGCACAAACGCUGAUUUUACCGAAUGGAGACUCUCAUCUGCCCAAAGAAGACACGGAACCCGUUGAUGAGACCGGCAAGAAGAAGAAAAAGAAGAAGAAGAAGGGAAAAGCGGCAGCCGUAGAAAACCAUGACGGCGAAGGAGAUACUGAUAUUGCCAAAGUGACAAAACAACUGGAUCAACAAACUUUAGAAGAGCAAGAGAAAGAGGACGAGGCGGAAGAGGAUGGCGAGGAGGGAGAUUCAGCUGGAAAGAAGAAGAAAAAGAAGAAGAAAAAGAAAGGCCCCAAAGUGCAGACAGAUCCGCCAUCUAUUCCCAUCUGUGAGCUCUACCCCAGUGGAGUUUAUGCCAAGGGUCAGGAAUGUGAAUAUCCUCCUGUGCAAGAUGGACGCACGGCUGCUUCACGAACGAGCAACGAAGAGAAGAAGUUUUUGGAUCAGGCGAAUGAGGACAUGUGGAAUGAUUUCCGGCAGGCCGCCGAGGCUCACCGGCAGGUCAGGAAGUACGUGCAGAGCUGGAUCAAACCGGGAAUGACCAUGAUCGAGAUUUGUGAGAAGCUGGAGGACUGUUCCAGGAAGUUGAUCAAGGAAAACGGUCUGAACGCUGGUUUAGCUUUUCCCACCGGCUGCUCUCUGAACCACUGCGCCGCUCACUACACUCCCAACGCAGGAGAUCCCACCGUCCUCCAGUACGACGACGUCUGCAAGAUCGACUUCGGCACGCACAUUAAUGGUCGGAUCAUUGACUGUGCCUUUACUGUCACCUUCAACCCAAAGUACGACAAGCUGCUGGAAGCUGUUAAAGAUGCCACCAAUACUGGAAUUAAGUGUGCAGGUAUUGAUGUUCGCCUGUGUGACAUUGGAGAGUCAAUUCAAGAGGUUAUGGAGUCAUACGAAGUGGAUCUUGAUGGAAAAACAUAUCAAGUGAAGCCGAUCAGGAAUCUGAAUGGCCACUCUAUUGGACAGUACAGAAUACAUGCAGGAAAGACUGUGCCCAUCGUGAAAGGAGGUGAAGCCACCAGGAUGGAGGAAGGAGAGGUUUAUGCCAUCGAGACCUUCGGCAGCACUGGGAAAGGCAUGGUUCACGAUGAUAUGGAGUGCUCGCAUUACAUGAAAAACUUUGAAGUUGGUCAUGUGCCAAUAAGACUUCCCAGAGCUAAACACUUGCUGAAUGUGGUCAACGAGAACUUCGGCACUCUGGCUUUCUGUCGCCGCUGGCUGGAUCGCCUCGGUGAGACCAAGUAUUUAAUGGCGCUGAAGAAUCUGUGCGACCUGGGCAUCAUCGACCCCUACCCGCCCCUUUGCGACACCAAAGGCUGCUACACGGCCCAGUUUGAACACACCAUUCUGCUGAGACCCACGUGCAAAGAGGUGGUCAGCCGAGGAGACGAUUACUAGGCCUCCACGCCACCAGUUUUUAUGAAUCUCUUCUUCGCUUUGUAUGGAAGUCUAGCUGCUAGGUGAGGAAAAAAGCAUGCCUUUAAAAGUCAAAAUUAGGACUUACUAAAUCUAAAUAUGACUUUUAUAAAGGUUGCGUAAAUUACAUCGUUACGCCAGUAGGUGGCAACAAACAACUGUCUAAAUUUAUCACUUUAUUAAUUCUUAAAUUAUUAUUCUGAUUAAACAUGAAGUCUUUAUAUGAGUUAUUGUAUUAUUAACUGAAAUUAAGGUUAAACACAUGAAUUAAAAUGUUCUAAUAUAAAACGUAUAUUUACAAUUAUAUAUAUUUUGUUUAUAUGUAUAUUUAUGAAGAGUUCAGAUGCAAAGACCUUAGUGACAUCUGAACUUUUAUUCUAAAGUGAGCAUUUUUUCGGCCUCCAUUGUUUACGCUUAAAUAUUUCUUAUUAAAAGGAAUUAAAAUAACACAUUUUUUUUGCCAUAAAAGAGAAAUUAAACGUACUCAUUCUAUAAGAAAAUUUGUCACUCAAAACCUCAUAUAUACAUCUAUAUAUGCAUGUAUGCAAAUGUGUAUAUAAUUGUAAAUAUAAUAUAUAUUUUAUAUGAUUUAUGUUAAACUCAUAUAUUUAAUCAAAUUUUCAGUUAAAGACUUCAUUUUAUUAGAUUAUUUGUAAAGAAUUAAUGAAGUAACAUUUAGUUUGUUGCCACCUACUGGCAUAGCAAUGUAAUUUCCACAACAUUUAUAAGUCAUCAUUUUUAUCUCGUAAUUUAGACAAUUUUGAUUUAGUAAGUCAUGAUUUCGCCUUUUUUUUUUUUCCUUACCUGGCUGAAAUGGGCUUCCAUACAACAUGAGUAUAUGAUGAGGAAAGGCCUGAGUAGGUUCAUGAGCUGUGCCUUCUCAUUUUUAACAUGCUAGUAUUUGUAUUAAAGCUGGAUAGAGGUUUAAGUCCUCUAAUAAAGA